AUGCCUGAACAACAACGUAUAGGCACCACCUUCAUUAAUGAAGAGGUUCGCCACUUGUCAUUGGGGUAUUUGAUAAGUGACAUGGUUGGCUACAACGAUAAGCUCUCUUCUCAAAAUCCCUCAACUUCGAAAGGAAAUUCUGUCCUCCACACUAGCGAUCUCUUCGCAGAUUUUAGUUUGAUUAUUCAUUUGAAGAAGUUACUCAGAUUUACAGUUGACAUUAUUGGAGGACAGAGGAAGGGUUUUAACUUUCAAUCAGGCGAUGCCAAGAACAACCACCUAGUGACUUCUCUAUUGCUCAGUUCCGAUUUCUGGAGCGACUACUUAUCGUCCAUGGGCACUAGUGCUAUAAGAGGAUUACCCAAAUGGCUGAGAGUCUGCAACAUGGACCUGAUGAGGUCCGCCGCAUUAAGCACUGACGGCACCGGUGAUGACAGGCGCGACCAUGACUUUGUAUUAUUUGUGGAACCUAAUGUUGUGUAACAGUUUAAUUGAGUUAAACUUUAAAUAGACUGUUUUUAACUGUUUUGUUGGUA